CAAGUUUAGUUUUCCCCGCCGCGUUGUCGUGAGGGAAGGGAAAGUACAGUCGGCCACGAUGCUCAGGGAAAGUCCGCAGCCCUGGCCCCUCUCCGCGCUUUACGAAAGGGAGGGGGGUGACGCCGGCGUAGGAAAAGCCCACCAACUGGCACGGGGCACGGCCUGCACCGGGCCUCCUCUAGUCUGUAGUCAGUCCGCUGUCCGCUGCGCAGGCUGCAUUCUUGUCUUGUGGCCGGUCGGUGGAAGGUCGUCGAGCAGACAUCCACAACCGAUUCAUCCCCUUUCUUGGCAGACGGCGCGUCAUCAUGGAGACGCAAUCUUCAAACUUGAGCAUAGAACAGCUGCCGGACGAUGUGCUGCUGGGGAUAAUGUGGCACCUCGACCUAGAGGACAUCUUCACCUGCCGCCUCGUGUGCAAGAAGCUGGGGGCCUUGGCGCUUCACCCAGAUGUGUGGCGGCAUCGGGGGCUCCACUUACCAUACCCAGACGACAACUUCGUUUGGGCCUGUCCUGUACUGCGCCUGGCACCGUGCCUGGAAUGGCUGGUUGUCGAGCUACCGACGGAGGGGUGUCAGUUGGCGUACACCAUGACCAGGUGUGCCGUGUCAUUUUUAAACCUGGAUGUACGACGCGGUGGCUCAAUGCACGCAGCCGCUAUGAUCCGCAACCAGGAGGCACUCGGCCGCCUCAGAAACCUAGAAAUAUCCAUGCCACGCUCUGCAUCCGCAGUGCUGCUAGGGGCGGUGGCGUUGGCGUCUGGCUUGGAAAAGCUCACUGUUACUGCCCUCCCGUCGCGUGCAACGUCCAUCAUGCUGAGCGUCCUUCAGCACAGAGCCGCGUCCACUCCAUCCCUCAAGUGCUUUAACGUGGAUAUUACCGCGAAAGCAGAAUCUUUUGUCCAUUUCGUGCUGGCCUCACAUGCCGCCACCCUGGAGGACGUCAACCUCAACGUGUGCUCUCACCUGUCCGACGUCAGCUGCUCGUACUCGGACGGGACGGUGCCGCUGCUGGCCGGGAUAGCGAACCUGCAGAAGCUGGAGUGCCCGCUGCUACCCGGGCUGGGGGCGCUGGCUGCAAGCGAGUCCCUGACGACCCUGAUCAUCAACGUGUGCGAGUCACCGGAGCGCCGGGCCGUGGUGGGCGCCUGGCAGCUCCUACGCCGCUCCAAACAGCUUCGUGACGUCACGCUGCACUUCAGCGUGCCUCUGGACAGUGGACUCGCUGACGUCGGCGGCGAGCCCUUGGUCCGAGCCCUGGUCUCCUCUGGACCUUCCCGCUUGGAGUCGCUGACGAUGUCCACGUCUGACCGCUUCGACAGUCCCGAGAAGUGCCUCUGGCUGCUGGAGCCGGUGCUCGGCAUGCUGCCCUUGCUGCCGGCCCUGCGUAGUCUGCACGUGGUCGACGCGUCCGACGAGCUGCUGUCGCGCAUCACGCCGGACACGGCGCCGGCCCUAGAGAGGCUCGUGCUGGAACCGUACUCUAGAGAGCAUGUUUGCGCUCAUGGGUGGUUGCACAGGGACGCCGUCAAAAAGCUCUUCGCUGGUUUCCCCUCGUUGCGGUUGAUUGUACCUUCCGUACCAAAGAACUGCCCUGGAGACUACUGUAAUGCGUGCGCUCUGGGCUGCGACUGCGACCUUCGCGAGUGGUUUAUCGAAGACUGCUUUGUUGGCAUCCUUUGCUGUACACUUAUGCAACGCAUUAAAUGAUGAGUAAACUA